AUUUUGUCUUCCAGUAGGUAAGUGUCUGUUCCGUUUGAGUUUUAGGUUUGCACUCUAAAUAUUACUUGGGAGCCUUGAGGGGUUCAGCUGAUAAAUACUUCGGCGUAGAUUGAAAAUCACAUUGAUCCACCAGUGUUUUAGAUGAGUGACUUGUCCAAGGACCAACUUUUUGCUCUUCAUGGGAUUGCUGCUGCUGGGUCAGCGGCUUUGGCAACGGCUCUCACUUAUCCUUUGGAUACCAUUAAAGUCAUCACGCAGGUUGGUUCAAGUUCUGGUAAGGAGUUGACUGCUGCCCAGGUGUUCAGCAGAGUGCAAACGUUGUCGGGUAAUGAAGGUCUGUACAGUGGCUUUCGUUGGUUGGCAUUAGGAAGGAUUUUAGGUUUGGGGAUACGAUUUGGGGUCUAUGAAAUCUUGACAGCCUUUUAUAAAGAUGGUCGGGAAGAUAACUAUGUAUAUGUUUCUGAGGCCCUUAUGGCUGGAAUGGUAGCUGGUGCCAUGGAGACACUUGUAAGCUCUCCAUUUGAAAUCAUCAAGCUUCGUGCUCAGGUCACUUCUGCUUCUGUCAUGCCAGGCUCUACCUUUGCUUUGGAGAAGGGAGCCAAUGCUCCUCUAAUUGCAAGAUUAAUUAAUGGGUGUUAUCCAGACAAGAGGUCUUUGAACCGUUAUGUUGGUCUCAUCACCACCCUAACAACCAAAAAUUCAAACAUAACAGGUGCUCUAUUGGAAUAUCCAUGGACAAUGACUGGAUCUGGGAAGCCACCCUCAGUUUGCCAUGUGAGGAAGCCUUCAGACAUUAUAUCUUUGGAAGGAUGGGGUACAUUAUGGAGAGGAAUUCGUUCUGGUGUUGUUCGAGAUUCUGUAUUUGGUGGUGUAUUUUUUUCUAGUUGGCAAUUCUUGCACCAAGCACUGCUUGAUUGGAAGGCUGCAGGAAUGGAUCCUCCGCCCAGGUCGGAUGAAGAAAUUGGUACAUUGUCUCCUUUGACUGUGAGCCUUUCUGCUGGAUUCUCAGCAUCAAUUGCUGCUGCUGCUUCUCACAGUUUUGAUACUGCACACAGUAGAUCUCAGUGUACCGUGCUACCAAAGUUUGUCUCAAUGGAGAGAAAACUUCUCAAAUGGAGGCUACCUGGAAACAGGUUUGAGAGAUAUACUGGGAUCUACCCUUCUGAUAGGAAUCUCCUGUCGCGUGGAAUUUGGUUGCGGAUGGCUCGGUCUGGGUUUGCUUCAUUCAUGAUCGUAGGAAGUUAUUUCUUUGCCAUUGAUCGCCUUGCUACUAGUUUGACUUGAUUGCUACGUUGUGUCCUCUGUUUCUUUCCUCUCUGUGGGAAUGGUAGUUGCAUAAAUAGACGUGCUAUUGACCUACUGUGUACUAUUUAUUUGAAAAAAGCAGAAACUAGUUCUUUGUAGCUUGUUGGAAUCAAGCGGCAAAUUAGUAUUAUUGUAACUAACCUUGUCCUGAAAUUGCGAGGGACAAAGAAAGAGGAAGAGAAAAAGAAUAAGAGUUUUCUUAGUUGAUAAGAUUUUUCCCCCUUUUCCUUAUUCUUUUUUAAUAUGUAUAACAUGCCCUUUUGAGUUGUGGGGAUCUGAAUUUAGAACAUGGAUUUUUUUUU